AUGUCAGCAGUCUGCACAAGGGUUGAAGAAGUGCUAGGCAACCGAGACCUGCUCCAGCGUGUGUUCCGCUUGGUGCUUGGUGGCAAGGGAGAUUCCAGCAGUGUGGUGCCCCUUCACUUUCAGCAUGCACAAAACUGGGGCCAACUGCUUCUUGUCAACCAAUUUUGGAAGGAUGUGGGUGCUGAGCUGGCAGCAACAGCCCCACUGAGCGUAACAUUCGAAUCGGAAAUUGGCCUGGCCCAUGCGUCGUCAGGAGAUUUCCGCGUUCAAGAAUGUCAUGUGGAUCUGGUGACCGCAGCAAAAUGGGUCAGUCUAUUGAGGGACAGCCCGCUGAGCGGCUGCCUGCGCAGCGCCACCUUGAGUGACUGGAGUGUGGUGAAGGAGGAUGCGCUCCUGUUCUUUGAGGAAUCCUGCUGCGAAGGGUGUUUCCCGGCGCUGGACACCAUGUACUUCAGGAGGAUCAUUCCCACGCACCUGAUGCUGCCCAGCCAGAUCACCCAUGUGGGCCUGAUGGAGAUCCGACCCCCCUACGGCAGCCUGCCUGCCGGGGCCUCUGGCCAAUUCUAUGUGAAAUUGAGGCGGUUGGAGAUCCUGGAUUCGCUGGAGGUGGUGUACGUUCCCAUGAGCAGCUACUCCAUGCGGCUGCACGCCGUCCGUCUGACGGAGUUCCUGUUCAUUCCUCGGCUACGAGUCCUGCGCCUGACCGUCCCAGGCCUGUAUGACGAGGCAGACCGCGCCAGCUUCCUGGGGCCCAUCUUCAUCGAGCAGCUGUGCAAGGGCAGCCUGCAGGAGAUCGACAUCACGCUCAUUACCGAUACCGACGGGGAGCGCAGCGAGGAUGGGCAGGAGCUGGCGCGCGUGGUGCAGGAGGUGUGCAAGAAGGCGGGGGACCUCUUUGCAUGCACCUACUAUGGCCCCGGCUCAGGCGAGCACUCCAGGGACCCCCGGGUUGUCUUCAAUCGCCGCAGCAUCCCGCGCGGAGAUGCUCUGCAGGCCAUAGCGGAGGGCCUGGGGUAUCUGGACAUGGGGACAGACUUCACAAAGCAGGUCCUCUUCAGCUCGACUGUCUGCGAAGCGGUGGCUGCCACUGGCCUGCCUGUGCACCUGCACUUUGGCUGGCACAUGACCUCUGAGGAGAUUCUGUGCCUCGUCCAGCUCAAUAUCAUGGUGGGUGGAAUUGAGUGGUUCCACAAGGAGACACGCGGCACCAAGGCCUUGACCUCGCCAGCCUGGAAGGAGCCCGCAAAGACUGUGACUGUGCUGCGCAACCUCUACGUGCGCGAGUUUGACAAGUCGCUGCCAGCAGAGUACCCCGGCUUGCUUGAGCUCGGGCUGAGGGGCCGCCCGCGGCCCAUCAUGAUCCCCUCUGCAUGCAGCCACCUCUCGCUCACCUACCAGGGGCUGGAGAGCCUGCUGCAGGUGAGGGUGCUGCGCCUGGAGCAUGUCAAGGUGACCUGGCUGCCACCUCAGCUGGAGGAGCUGACGCUGGUCAACUGCCGCGCAGCUGCGCCGCAGCUGGCACAGGCCCUGCAGCUGCACCGCCUCACCAUCGCCAGCUGCUCCAUCCAGGCGGGCAGUCUGGGAGGUCCUGGUGGGCAGUCCAUCAUGGACCUGGAUGGCUGGGUUAAGAAGAGCAGGCCACAGCACCUGGCAGUGUACGACACAGUGGUCAGCUUGGGGGACAGCUGGGCCGCCUUUGCAGACCAGCUGGCGCUCAGCAAGAUCCAGUCCGUGCACUUUGAGGGGUGCACCCUGGUGUCCAAGGAGGAGGAAACUGUGGCGCAGCCGGAUGACUUCGUGGCCCACGUGAACAGCCUGCUGGAUGAUGUCUUCUCGGUGGUUGUCACGCCCCCAAAGGGCACCAGCCCCUACCAGUGCUCUGUCUCCAGGCGGCACCUCAGUGUGGAAACGCCAGAAGAGCCGCCUGAGGCCGUGUGA